AUGUGGUUUAAGCUUCUCUGUGUGGAGUUUAAUACAAUGCCACCAAAACUCUCCCUCGGCCUCAACCUCGCCAAACCAUCCAAACCAUCGCCAUUCGGAAACCAGAACAAAACACUCGCAGCCGGCCAGAAGCGCAAGAAGACGAUAUUCGACGACUCAGACUCGGAAAGUGAACGAGUGGAGUCUCAGAAUAAUGAUAAUCAAGACGGCGCAAUUGAGAUAACAACAUUGGGCGGCGUUGACGAAGAAGAAGAAAAUAAUAAUAAUAACAACGACAAAGAAUUCAAGCCACAAAAACUAGUACGAACGAGUACUCAACCUGCAGGCGCGAAACCAUUAUCAGAUAAGAAGAACGGACCCAAGACAUUAAGGAAAAGUAUAUUCAACGACGAGAACGACGAAGGACAGGCACAACAACCACAAGAUAAGAAAACCUACGGCCUCCAAAAACCCACCGAACCCGAAUGCAAAAACCUAGCAGCCCUACACACAAGCCGAAAACACGCCAAACAGGCCGAAGAAAUCGAUCCAUCUAUAUAUUCCUACGACGCCGUAUACGACACUAUUAAAGCGAAACGCGAGAAGAAGAAGCCCUCCGAUAACGGAGAGGAUGAGGAACCCGGUUCGAGUAAAUACAUGGAAGCAUUAAUGCGAACGGCCGAAAUACGGAAACGAGAUCAAAUGCGUGCGCGAGAUAGAUUGUUGGCGAAAGAGCGUGAAGUGGAAGGGGAUGAGUUUGCUGAUAAAGAGAAAUUUGUCACGGCUGCGUAUCGUGCGCAACAGGAGGAAGUUAAACGGAUGGAAGAAGAGGAAGCGAAACGUGAGAAGGAAGAGGAAGAGCGAAGGAGGAGGAAUGGUGAUUCGGGUAUGAUGGGAUUUUAUCGUCAGAUGCUUGCGCGGGAUGAGGAGUCGCAUGGCGAAGUUAUGAAAGCUACGGAAGAAGUGGCGCGGAAGGUUGCUGCUGGGGAAGUGGUAGACGACACCACAGCUGAAACGGAGAGUGAGCAAAAGGAAAAAUCCGAGGCUCAAAUAGCAGCCGAAUUGAAUGCGCGAGGAGCCAACAUCGUCGUCAACGAUGAAGGUCAGAUAGUCGAUAAACGCCAAUUACUCAGCGCCGGAUUGAAUGUUGCGCCUAAGCCCAAGACGAAACCAUCCGGUCCAUCAGCUGGCGCGGCAACAUCGGCGGUUCGGCCUGGUGUUUCCGCCGCUGGACGGAAAGAUGCCUUCGCAGCUCGAUAUGCUCAACGAGCCCGUCAGACAGAGAUGAUAGCCACUCAACUUGAGGAGAAGGCUAGACAAGAGGAAGAAGCUGAAAAAGCGCGAUUGAAGGAAUUGGCGGAGAAGAAUAGGAGUCGUAAGACGGAUUCGGAUGUUUCGAGUGCUCGGGAGAGAUAUUUGGCAAGGAAGAGGGAGAGGGAGGCUCAGGCUCAGAAGGGUGGAUGA